CUAAGUAUUGCCUGUAUUCUUUUACAGUUAUUUUGCCUAGUACAUAACUGAAAGAUCAUGUAUUGUAGCUACUACAGUUAAAUCAGUGUCAUUGGGAGGAGUAGACAAAUUAAUGCACAUACAAUGCUUAAUGUACUCUCUGUCCUAUAGUAAGAAGAACUUAAUAUUGCUGACGCCCCUAGAAUGCCCAAUAAUGACAUCAACAAUAAAGAUACUUAUCAGUGGAACAGAACUUCAGACCUGGGCAACCAUUCUACAUUCCUCUUACAUUGUAGCCGUGCAGUUGGAUGUGAAAAGUGACCACCAGUAGAUGAUGACAUCUCAUAGCCCAGAGUGGGAAGCAGCCUUUCCUCCCCUACUCAUUAUCCAUCUCUCUUGCUCAUAGAACGCUGCUUUCCUUUAGGGGAAUGAUGAGAGAGGACUUAGGGUUUUCCAGGAGGCAGAUCCUCCAUUUCCCCAUUGCUUUGUCCAAGAGUGCAGGAAGAAGAUCUAAGACUGGUCAAUUGGAUGCUCUUUCCCAGGACUUUGGCUUGAGAGAGAGAGACUCUAGCAAGAAGGGAACAGAUUGUUGUGCUAUGCCUUGUAUGACUAAGACCUCUUACCAAGAAUACCUGUCAGACCAUAAAACCACUGCCAAGGAGUGCAGGGGUGGCAAUGAAACAGCCCAACAGGAAAAGGAAGCUUAAUAUGGAUUCCAAAGAGCGUUUGGAUCAGGACGGAUGCUUGGAGCAAACUGAAGAAGAAAAGAAGCCCAAGGAUGGCACAAUCCCUUCGAGUCACGCCCCUUCAGCGGCUGCACAGGGAGCAUGGUCUUGGGAGUGGUACUUGAAAGAACAGAAGGCUGUCGCAGCACCUGUUGAGCUGUUUUCCAAGGAGUCAGGUCCAUGUUUCCCCACGUUGCUUUCACCUGAUAAGACAGAGGGGGUUUCUUCCAUCCAAAAGUGCAAGCUCAGUAAGGAUCAGUCCUUUCCCGAGCAUGAAAAUGGUUUUCAGAUUGGAAUGAGAUUAGAAGGCAUUGAUCCCCGACAUCCAUCAGUAUUCUGUGUGCUUUCUGUAGCGGAGGUUUGUGGUUACCGUCUAAGACUUCAUUUUGAUGGUUAUUUAAGUUGCUAUGAUUUUUGGACCAAUGCUGGUUCCCCUGACAUUCAUCCAGUAGGAUGGUGUGAAAAGACCAAACAUGAAUUGCACAUCCCUAAGGGUUAUAGAAAAGAUAAAUUUGUUUGGAUGGAUUACCUGAAGGCCUGCAAAUUGCAAAAUGCUCCGAAGAAAUUAUUCAGAAACAGAAGUCCUAAUGGGCCAAUGCCUAAAGAAUUUCAGGUUGGAAUGAAGCUGGAAGCCGUCGACAGGAAGAACCCUUCCUUGGUGUGUGUGGCGACCAUAGCAGAUAUUGUUGAAGAUCGCUUACUAGUGCAUUUUGACAACUGGGAUGAUAGUUACGAUUACUGGUGUGAUGUUAAUAGCCCUUACGUCCAGCCAGUUGGUUGGUGUCAGGAGAAUGGAAGAACUCUGAUAGCACCCCAAGGUUAUCCCAAUCCAGAAAAGUUUUCCUGGACAGAAUACCUGGAAGCUACUCAAACCAAUGCAGUUCCUGCCAAAGUUUUUAAAAUGAGGUUGCCUCAUGGUUUUCUGCCAAAUAUGAAACUUGAAGUUGUGGAUAAACGGAACCCCAGGUUAAUUCGUGUUGCUACGAUUGUAGAUGUUGAUGACCAAAGAGUAAAGGUUCAUUUUGAUGGUUGGGACCAUAAGUAUGACUACUGGGUGGAGGCAGACAGCCCUGACAUCCACCCGAUCGGAUGGUGUGAUGUCACAGGGCAUCCACUGGAAGUGCCGCAGCGAUGGAAUGACCUGAAGAUCCUUCCAGGUCAAGCUGUCUGUCCUACUCCCGGGUGCCGAGGAAUAGGCCAUAUCCGUGGUCCACGUUAUUCAGGACAUCACAGUGCUUUUGGCUGCCCGUAUUCAGACAUGAACUUGAAAAAGGAGGCAACACUUCAUGAUCGUUUGAGAGAACAAACACAGGCAAAUUUGGAAUCAGACUCUUCACAUUCGAAAUCAAAAAACCUCUGUAGUUUGAACUUCAAUGGAAAACAUGAAAAGGUGAACAGUCAACCCAGACUUGUACAGCAGGCAAAGUGUUUGAAAAUCAAAGGAAAAGAAGAUAUUGACUUGGAUAAUCUCUUCAGAGAAUACUCAGCGGACCAGGCGCAGCAGGCACUUCACCAGUCAGUGUUCAUGUCCACGGUGUCAGCCCACCCUUUUCGGGACCUUCCCCUUGGCAGGGAGCAACACUGCAAGCUGCUUCCAGGCGUGGCUGACAUCCGGGCCAGCCAAGUGGCACGAUGGACUGUGGAUGAGGUGGCUGAGUUUGUACAGUCUCUUCUGGGCUGUGAAGAACAUGCCAAGUGCUUUAAGAAAGAGCAGAUUGAUGGCAAAGCCUUCCUGCUUCUGACACAGAUAGACAUUGUCAAAGUGAUGAAGAUCAAACUGGGCCCAGCACUGAAAAUUUACAACUCUAUCCUGAUGUUCAGGAAUUCCCAGGACCUCCCUGAAGAAGAUACUGUCUCAGGCCAAGAAGUCAAGGGAUGAUUGCGCUCCCUGAACUUCCUCUGGCACCAGGAGCUGCGCUCUCUCAGCAAUAAAAGUGGAGCACAUUAAUUUGAUGUGAAUGUCCAAUGGCCAUAUCCACAUUGAAUCUGGACUUUUUAAAGUGUCUGUGAUUUGUUUAUAUGUUUAGAGGAUUUUGAUGACUGGUCCAGUGCCAAUGAUUCAGAGGCUUAGGCCCAUCUGUGGGUUUGGUUUAUGAACAUUGUUAUCUUUGGUGGGAUCUGUUCAGCUCUAAUGUGUUUGCAAGACAGACCAAAGAAGCCCACACAUCCACCUUUAUUCUUCUCCGUCACCAGAAAAGAAACCAUUUUCCAUUUACAAGCAUAACACUCUCAAGUGGUAAAAUAUUAGAAAAGCAAUGUUCAUGAAUACAUUGUUAAUGUUUUUACCAGAACAACGUCGAGCUUGGCUCAGAUCUGCCAUGAAGCACAGCUAGUCUAAGACCUAGAGGCCUGGUGCUUUCAAAAGACUUCACGUGAGAUUUUUGUGUACUUUACUCAGGAAAGUGUGAAUCUCUAAAAAAUAAUAAUAAUAAGCACAUGUUUUCAUGAUUCAUUAAUUCUCCUUUUUGUUCCAUUAUCCAUUCCUUGGUUGUGCUCCCAAGGUUUCCUAGAGCCUCCACAAAGGAGUGUGACCAGGAUUAACAAGAGGACGGCGAGGUGGGCACUUCCAAAAGCUGGAGAGACCCUUCUGAGGACCCUCCACCAUCAGUGGGGCCUCAAGGGACCCUGUCCUAACACUGGUGUGGCUGGUGGGCCAGACCCUCACCUGCACAGAACUCCUCCCUGCUCCCACUCUGAAGGGCAUUUCAGGACUGACUGAUUUCCACCGCAGUCUGCCAGAACCCCUGUAACAAGGAGCUGUGUUAUAUUACAUCUGGGGCUGUGUGCAUCUUUACAAACGGAGACACACUGUUCAAAGGGAAGAUCUCUAAAGUAGGGAGCGUGGUACCUAUUCUUUGUUUGAAACAUUCCGAUUUGUUGUCAGGCUUUAUUUGUGUUUUGUAAGUGAUUGUAUCCGAGGCUUAAAUUGUGUGGAAUCAGUCCCACAGUUUUGAAAGACAAGUACCUCUUUUCUGACACUUGUUACUACUUUUACAAGUAGGAACAGCUAUAAAUGCUCUCCCGGCAGUGGAGAGCCACCAUCUGUGGGUGGAGAGAAAGAGGGAAUAGAUUCUAAAAAGAGGUUCUAUGUCCACUUGCUUCAUUAAGAAUGUUAAGGUUUAAGAAAGUUGAUUCUGCUUGGAGAAUUUCUCAAGCUUUACAUUUUUUUUUCACUGAAGAAAAUAAACUCUAAGAUGUGUGCAUAUAUAACAUUUCUUUAGAUCCUUACCUAAAUGAAAUUUUAAUAUAUUAUUGGUUGAUGUAAAUUUUGUUUCUGUGGAGUUUUGUUUGUUGUUUUGCUUUUUGUAGACUGCCAUGUGCAGUUAAAAUUCCUGCUUCUGCCAUGUUAAAAUUUUAAUAUAUUUUAAAUGAUAAUAAAGAGAGAAAACAAAAUUUA